CGAAACCACUAUGAUUGCCAGUUCUUUUUAUUGUAAAUUCAAUAGUUUUUCGGUGAAUUUAGGUGCAAAAAUGUCGUUCUAUCGUUUUUGAAAUCAAUCAACAAUCAGUGUAGACCGUGGAAAGUGGAAGCUAGUGAAAAACACCGAAACAAGAGGAUUGGGCGUAUUGAGAGUUGCCAAGUCUAGUUCCUUGGAUUGGAGCAAACAAAAAACGAUGAGCUCCGGAAGCUACGAUUCCACAAUCAUCGCCACGGUCACGCGAAAAUUUCGCGAGGAUGAGUCUGUUCUGGCUAUCUUCGAGGUUUAUCAAAUCAUUGGAAGCAAGCACCAAAACCAAUUGCUGGUCAUCGUCAGUUCUAAUUAUACUUCGGCGCUGUUUGCCUUUUCCAUUUCGCGCUACCCGCCCGAGAGCAUUUCCGAUUUGACUGUGGUAGCCGUUUAUGCGAUCGAUGACUCAUUUUGGAUAAAUCCGGAAUCCGGCGGGCACGGUUCCAUAUCCAGUCAUCAGUUUACGAUAUUCUCACAUAAUGAACCGACGGUGUACUACUACCAGGCCACGCCAGAUGCCAUCGCUUCGCGGGACAAUUUCAUCGGCAAGUUGAAGACCUUGAUCUCCACCUUCAAAAGUGCCUCGUCGCAGGCAGCUACCGUGUCCUUCCCGCUGGAUUUCACUUGGCUGGAUUACUAUAAGCGAGCCGACAUGCUGCUCAUCGAUCGCAGCAUAGCGGAAGGCAGCCAAGCACCCAAGUCGAGGGAUUCCAAAUUCAAGGAAGAGCUGGAACGUCGACGGCACGAGUACAUUGUCUACGAACCGUACAAAAUCUACACGGCCACGUGGAAUGUGAACGGGCAGACAUCGGAGGACAUCGAACUGCCGGAGUGGCUCUCGACCACCGAGGAUCCGCCGGACAUCUAUGCGGUAGGAUUUCAGGAGAUCGAGUGGACUCCGGAGAAGAUCAUCAUGAACGAAACCAAAAUCGAUCGGACUUGGGUUGACAAAGUUAUGAGCGGACUCCAUACGGGAGCGAUCUAUGAAGAGGUGGCGUCUGUUCGUUUGGUGGGAAUGAUGCUCACGGUAGCAGUGAAGAAAUCGCUACGGGAUCGAAUUUCAGAUUGCCUAACGGCUGCGGUUGGAACCGGGACUCUUAAAUGGGGAAACAAAGGUGGUGUCGGAGUGAGUUUCCAGUUGAAUGAGGCUCUGUUUUGCUUCGUCAAUACUCACCUGGCGGCACACACCCAGGAAGUGGUACGAAGAAAUGAGGACCACGACGAGAUCAUCCGGAGAAUGUCCUUCGAAAAAACAUUCCGGGGUCGCUCGAUCGACGAACAUCAUCACAUAUUCUGGAUCGGUGACUUGAACUACCGGCUCAAUGAAGUGUCGCAGGAUAUCGUAAACCAGAAGGAUCGCGACUACAAUCAGCUGUAUCCGUACGAUCAGUUAUACACAGAGAAGCUGAGAAAGCGGAUAUUCCGGGAUUACAACGAGGGUAAAAUAUUGUUCGGUCCCACGUAUAAGUACAACCCGGGAACGGACGAUUGGGACAGCAGUGAGAAAAGCAGAUGUCCGGCCUGGUGUGAUCGAAUUCUGUGGAAGGGCCAACGCAUGGAGCUACUCAAGUAUGACAGUGUGAUGCAGUUGAGAAAGAGUGAUCACAAACCGGUGUACGCGGUAUUUAAAGUGAAUGUCGAAACAAAAGAUGAUCAUAAAUUCAAGAGGGUCCACGAGGAAGUAUUAAAAACAGUCGACAAGUAUGAAAAUGACAACCAACCACAGAUAACGGUCGAACAAACGGAUUUGGACUUUGGUCUGAUCCGCUUCAACGAAAACUAUUCCCGAGAACUGCUCGUAGCCAACAAUUGCCAUCUGCCCGUACAGUUUAAGUUUUCCGCCAAGGACGAACGCUACAGCCACGUGUGCGAGGAAUUCAUCCACAUUAGUCAGAAAUCGGGCGAACUGUUGACGGGUGAUAGCCGAAGCAUACGGAUAGACAUUUUCAUUGAUGCUAAAGCCGCGUCGAAGAUGCUGAGGAAACUGAAGGACGCCAAAGCCGGCGUCAAGAUCCCGUUGGAUAUUCUGGUGUUGCAUGUGGAGAAUGGGCGGGACAUUUUCAUCACCAUCUUCGGAGAGUACAAAUCAAGCUGCUUCGGAGUCUCGCUGGACACGCUGAUGAAGUUGAACAAGCCGAUUUUCGAGUACGAGAUCAAUGAACUGAUCGCGCUGGAGAGGGAGGAGAAGCUUGUCGAUUUGACCAACGACGGAAAUCAACUCGAUGUGCCACGGGAAAUCUGGAGGUUGAUUGACUACCUGUGGAAUGAAGGCAUGGAUACGCCACAUCUGUUCGCGAAUCGAUCCUACGGCAAGCACGAAAGCAUUGUGGAAAUUCGUGACUGGUUGGACAGCUGGUCGUUGGCACCUUUGCCCGUAACACCGAAACUUGCGGCGGAAGCUUUGCUUAUUUUUCUAGAAUCUCUUCCAGAACCAGUGGUUACCAUAAGUGAACGGGAGUGCAUUGUGAACGCAGAUAACUACGACCGAUGUCGGGAGCUGAUUCGCGUGAAGCUGAAGCGCGUAAAUAGGGUACUGUUUCUGUACAUCUGUAGGUUGCUUAUCGAGCUGAUGCGGAAAAAUUCGACCGUUCGAUUGAAUAACUUGGCAACCACCUUUGGAAAGAUAUUGAUCCGCCCUCAGCUGUCCACCGGACGAACUCCGACCGGUAAUGACGUGUACGCCUACACCGAGGGAGAACGGGAUCAGAGGCGGCGCUUCAUGAUGACCUUUUUGACCAAUAGCGACAGUGUGCGGGACUUUGCGCGAGCGGAACUGAUGAACGGAUUUGCAAAGUAGGGGAAACUUGUUUUGAUAAACCACCGUAGCUUUAGGAAACUGGAGUGUCUGAAUGUUGAACAUUUGUGCACGAUCGUACUUUUUUUGCAUGCGUUGUUGUGAGUCAAGCAAUAACAGUAUUGUCAUAUCAUAAGUUGCUCCAAAAACGUACUGUAUGUGAUAGUAUGAUUAUUUUCUCCAGCUGUAUGAACAAUGUGCAUAACAAUGAAAACUAGAUAUUAUUUGUUAUAACGAAUUUACUUGAAUAGUACUGUUAUUUUGCCUAUUGGUAACGUUCUGACGUUCUUGGAGCGAAUUAUGGUGUGAGAAUUUCGUUAACUUAAUCGUGAAAGUCUGGGAAUUUAUAUUCCUCACUCUAGAAAAGAACCACACUUGUAAUGAUAAAAAAAAAACAAAAUUUUGAAUGUAAUUUACUGUAAGUGUCGUGUAAUAUAUACGUAGUAAGUGGGACCGCAAAAAAGAACAAAUAAUAAAGUAAUAGCGCAUUUCAGCGUCACCACCGA